ACCGGGAAACACAGGCACUUGGAGAGGGGUGAGUUUGAGUUUGAGCAGGAACCCCCAAGCCUGCCUGGAGAGGUGGCUGCUGUCUGUCCAGUGUGGCCCAAGAAGCAUUGCCCAGUGCAUGCGGUCCCUGACAUCGACUUGUCCCUGCUGUGGCUCRCCAGUUGCUGUCCUCAGGAUCCCCAGGGCAGGUUCGAUUCCUUCCUCCUGCUAAACUCCAAGUCCUGAGGCUGAAUUAGAGUCUGGAACUCACUGCACCCCAGCAGUCAUGGGACCUAGGAUAGGGCCAGCAGGCGAGGGGCCCCAGAUGCCAGACAAGGACAGCAAGGCCACCAUGGACACAGAAGACACAUAUGGAAGCAAAGCCAGCUCAGAGCCUCAGAACUUGAGACCUCGUGUGUUUCACAGCAUCAAGUUCUUCGUCCUAUGCCACAGCCUGCUGCAGCUGGCACAGCUCAUGAUCUCCGGCUACCUCAAGAGCUCCAUCUCCACAGUGGAGAAACGCUUUGGCCUCUCCAGCCAGACCUCGGGGCUCCUGGCCGCCUUCAAUGAGGUGGGGAACACAGCCUUGAUUGUGUUUGUGAGCUACUUCGGCAGCCGAGUGCACCGACCCCGUAUGAUUGGCUGUGGGGCUGUCCUGGUGGCCCUGGCAGGCCUGCUGAUGACUCUCCCGCACUUUAUCUCGGAGCCAUACCGCUACGACCACAGCAGCCCUGAGGAUAUGUCACAGGACUCUGAGGCUUCCCUGUGCCUGCCCAUGACCUCAGCCCCGGCCCCCACUCCCUCCAAUGGCAGCUGUUCCAGCUACACGGAGGCCCAGCACCUCAGCGUGGUGGGGAUCAUGUUCAUAGCUCAGACCCUGCUUGGCGUGGGUGGAGUGCCCAUUCAGCCCUUCGGCAUCUCCUACAUCGAUGACUUUGCCCACCACAGCAACUCUCCCCUCUACCUUGGGAUCCUCUUUGCAGUGACCAUGAUGGGGCCAGGCAUGGCCUAUGGGCUGGGCAGCCUCAUGCUUCGCCUUUAUGUGGACAUUGACCGGAUGCCAGAAGGUGGUAUCAACCUGACCUCAAAGGACCCCCGAUGGGUGGGUGCCUGGUGGCUGGGCUUCCUCAUCUCAGCUGGCAUGGUGGCACUGGCUGCCAGCCCCUACUUCUUCUUCCCCAGGGAGAUGCCUAAGGAGACGCAUGAGCUUAGGUGCCGGCGAAAGGUCUUGGCAGAUGCAGCGUCACCUGUCAGCAAGGGUGAGAACUCUCCCUCUGAGCAGAACCCUGGGGAGUCCCUGAAGAAGCAGGAUGGCCUAGUCCAGAUUGCACCAAACCUGUCUGUGAUCAAGUUCAUCAAAGUCUUCCCCAGGGUGCUGCUGCGGACGCUGCGCCACCCCAUCUUCCUGCUGGUGGUCCUGUCCCAGGUGUGCAUGUCGUGCAUGGUGGCGGGCAUGGCCACCUUCCUGCCUAAGUUCCUGGAGCGCCAGUUUUCCAUCACAGCCUCYUAUGCCAACCUGCUCAUUGGGGGCCUCACCAUCCCCUCAGCCAUCGUGGGCAUCGUGGUGGGGGGCGUCCUGGUCAAGCGCCUCCACCUGGGCCCCAUGCGCUGUGGUGCCCUUUGCCUGCUGGGGUCGCUGCUCUGCCUGCUCUUCAACCUGCCCCUCUUCUUCAUUGGCUGCUCUACCCACCAGAUUGCAGGCAUCAUCCACCAGCCCAGCACGCAGCCCGGGCUGGAGCUGUUUCCAGGCUGUGCAGAGCCCUGCUCCUGCCCGUCGGACGACUUUAACCCUGUCUGUGACCCCAGCACCCGAGUGGAGUACAUCACGCCCUGCCACGCCGGCUGCACAAGCCAAGUGGCCCAGGAGGGCCUGGACAAAAGCCAGGUUCUCUACACCAACUGCAGCUGCGUGAGCGGGCGUGGUCCGGUGCUUGCAGGCUCCUGCGAUUCGGCCUGCAGCCACCUGGUGCUGCCCUUCAUUCUCCUGGUCAGCCUGGGGGCGGCGCUGGCCAGCCUCACCCACACCCCCUCCUUCAUGCUCAUUCUAAGGGGAGUGAAGAAAGAAGACAAGACUUUGGCUGUGGGGAUCCAGUUCAUGCUCCUGAGAGUCCUGGCCUGGAUGCCCAGCCCUGUGAUCCACGGCAGCGCUAUUGAUACCACCUGUGUGCACUGGGCCCUGAGCUGUGGGCGUCGAGCUGUUUGCCGCUACUAUGACAAUGACCUGCUCCGGAACCGGUUCAUUGGACUCCAGUUCUUCUUCAAAACGGGCUCCCUGGUCUGCUUUGCCUUGGUUUUGGCCAUCCUGAGGCAGCAGAGCAAAGAGGCAGGGCACAAAUCGACCACAUCCAGCCCUGGCCUAGAGCAGCAACGGUUGAUGUCAGGGCCAAAGAAGCAGCCAGAGGAUUCCAGUGUGUGAGCUGUCCCUGGCCUCACCUGUCCAUGAGUGAUGGUCAACAGAGGUACCUCCUCUGAGUCCUUUGGCCAAGAUUGGGUGUCAGGAGCACUAUGUUUCAAUUCCAGCUCCUUCCCUAAAUUGCUGUGUGACUUUGGAUAAGCUACCGGCCCACUCUGGGCUUUUGCUUAUUGGAACCAAGGAGUUAUUUGGGGGGUUUGCUGUGUUGGCCACUUCUAAAGCAAGAGGGUCUUCCCUGUUCCUUCCCCUGCCAGACAGCUGACCUGGAACCAAACUUUCCUGGGUGGAAAGAUUGCAUAUCUCUCCUGUGCCUGAGGGGAGGGAAAUGGACCACAGUAGUCCAAGCUGCCCUCCACACCAGGCCACAGCCCAGCAUCUUGAGUCCCAAGCAUCUCCUCUGUCAGGUGGGAAUGAGCUUCCCAGCUUCCAGGCUCAUUUGGCUCUGACCAUCUGUGUGGUCAAAUGAACUCAGGUCUCCCCAGCCCCAGGCCACCUUCAAGACGUGUCCACUUGGCGCCCCCUGGAGGCCAAGAGUGGUGCUGGCCUCGAAGGGAAGCCCCGUGGGGAGGAGGAAGCUGGCCUCACUCAGGGCCACUGGGCCUGGGGAGGGGAAGGGAGCCUUAGCUGAGGGGGAGACUCACUCUCUGGCUCAGGAAGUUCCAGCCCUUAUCCUCAGGGGGCCACYGUUUAGGGGUGAGGCUUAGCCCUUGGCCCAGGGGCCCUGGUGUGCAGAGGGAGACCCCUCCCCACAUGUGGGUACAUUCUAACUUCCAGCACAUACUCAGUCCUGCUCACAGCUCUUUCUGCAUGGCGGAGGUCUCACACAUUGACCAGGGGCCACUUUUGUGACUUUUGUGAAUAGAAUCCUAGUUCCUCCCAUUUCYUGCCUUGCUCCCGAGUCUGUAUCACGAGGUUGUACCAUGUCUGAUUCAGUGACACGUCAAGGGCAGCAUCUGGUUCUCUGGGAUGCCUGGAUCAGUGUGACACGGGACCUGUCACCCUAGGAGUAGUAGUGCCCAGCUCUGCACACAGCUACCCUGCAGCGCUCGGGUCUGAACCACGGGAUCCUUUGCUUUAUCAGGCCUGCGUGGGUUUCUGGCCUGGCUUAUCUGGCCUGCAUAUUUCCCAGGAGGAAGAAAGGUCUCCUGAUCUGCUCCCAGACCCUCUGUUGCCACCACAUCCCUGACCUGGCUGGGACCUGCUGCUGGGGAGGCAGAAACUCCCACAYCCCUGGAUGCCCAGCCCUGGGCAGGGGGCUGGGGAGAAGCUGGGGUUGGGAACACGUGGGGCCUUCCCAUGAGAAAGGAGAAGAAGGAAGGAUAGAUGUUCUCAGGCCUGCUUUAUUCUACUGAUUGACUGUAAAUGUUUAACAAAUAGCAGGACCUGCAUUUAUCAAUGCCAAUAAUUUCAAAGUCUCCUCCAACCAGAUGAGGCCUUUAGUAUGUUUAUAUUUCUUCUCCUUCYCUCCUGUUGCCCAAAUUUCACAGAAAUAAUCUGAAAUUAUAGAUACAGCUUAUUAUUAAAUUUGUUCAUGCAUAAUGUCUCUUUUAUUACAAAAAUCCCUUCGUAUAAACUGCAUUAGAGUUCUGCAACAACCACAUUAUUUCCAGUUAUUUAGAUUUAAGUUUGACUAGGUUCAGUGCGCACCAUUAUUUCUGGUAUAUUGCAUC